AUCCGUAUGCAUGAAGUGUUAAGUACUUAGCAGUGAGUUAACACUCGACAUAAGGACAGUUUUAUUUGUUUUCAGGGUCAUGUGAUGAUCAGCUGUAUGUGCUCUAGGCCUACUUCAAAGCUGAUGUCUGCAUGGUUUCACCUUAAUUUUUCUAAGAAACCAUGGAUCACAAUGAUGAGGAGGUUAAAGAGAAACUGAUCUCCAAGGCAGUGGCCAGUUACGAAGAGAGUGGGGAGGAUGCAGAUACAAUCCUAGAACAGAGUAAAGACUUCAGCAGUGAAAACAGAACCUCGUCAUGUAAAACUCUUAUGAACUUGCUGAAGGGAAACAUUGGUCCAGGGAUCUUAGCUCUUCCUAUAGCUUUUAAAUAUGCAGGAUUAUGGGCCGGUGCUGCGGGGCUGUUUUUCCUGGGCUAUGUUUCUCUCCACUGCCAACACAUGCUGAUGACAUGCAGUGAUAUUCUGAGGGAGAGACCCAUAUCUAUGGGACACAGUAUUGGAUAUGCAGGAGUGGUGGAAAACUGCCUAGCAACAGGACCCCUCUGUCUACGGAGAUUCCAGAAUGCAGGGCGAAUAGUGAUCAAUGUCUUCCUGAUUGUGACCCAGCUAGGCUUUUGUUGUGUAUAUAUUGUUUUUGUGGCCCAGAAUUUCAGACAGGUGAUAUUGAGCAGCAAUAAGGCAAACAUCCACCUUGAUAUGAUUAUAAUGGGGAUAGAACUAAUUGUAAUCAUCAUCUACUGCACCACAAUACAGAGUCUACACGGCCUUUCCUACUUCUCACUCAUCGCUAACUUCCUGAACUUCGCCGGCCUCUUCUUUGUCAUAUUUUACGUUGUUCAGGACACUCCUCUGCCGAGUGAGAGACCAGCAUUUGUAGGAUGGUUUGAUCUUCCUAUGUAUUUUGGAACAGCUGUCUACGCUUUUGAAGGCAUUGGUUUGGUGAUGCCGCUGAAAAACAAAGCUCGGGAUGAGAUGGACUUUUCCAGGAGAUAUGGACUCCUGACCUUGGGAAUGACCAUUGUAAUUGCUCUCUACAUGGCCAUAGGAUUUCUAGGGUAUCUCAAGUAUGGGGAUCAUGCCUUAGGGAGUAUCACCCUAAAUCUGCCACCAGUAGACAUGCUCUCAAGAUUGACCAAAAUAACAUUUGUUGUUUCUGUGUUUGUGACUUAUGGACUUCAGUUUUAUGUACCAGUUAAUAUAAUAUGGCCAAAAAUAGAACGCAGACUUUCAAGUUCCAAGGCCAGAUCUGUGGGCAAUAUUGUGUUUCGAAUUUGUGUUAUUCUGUUUACAGGUGUGAUAGCUAUGGUAAUUCCUCACCUGGACCUUUUGAUAGCUCUGAUUGGUGCUAUGGCUAGCAGUUCAUUAGCUUUCAUUUUUCCACCUAUCAUUCAACUAGUGACUCUCUCAGCAGACAGCAGUCGCCCCUCCGUUUUGGUUAUCCUUAAAGACGUUGCCAUUAUGUUGCUAGGAAUUGUAGGUUGUAUAACAGGAACAUAUGCCGCCAUUCUGGGAAUCAUCGAUGUUUCAUGAAAUUAACAUGUAUUUGUAUUGCUUAUGUAUUCUGCCUUUGUCUUAUUAGUUAUGUUAAAUAUGAAUAAUGACUCAAAUUUAUGAAUGACAUUUACUGUCUUUGUUCUGUUUCCUUUUUUGUGGAUGACUACAUGUACAAAUCGUGAGUUUAAUAUUUAAUAGAGACAUUAUCUUAGAUGAAUAAGAAUUUCACACUGAUAAAGCUGCUGAAUAAGGUAUAAUCAGGGUCAACUAAAUGUCAAGGGUCAAAUAGAAAAACAAGGUAUUACAAGACCAAAUUAUAACCCCUAAUAUAAUGUAAAAAUCAGAUUAGUUAAAAUUGUGAUAGUUUGUAAUUGAAAAACUAUUAAUUUCCUCAGUUUGGAUGAAUUUUCAUCAAAUUUUAGAUCUGACUCAUUUUGAAAUCACAGAGCUCAAGGGUUUUUAAUGUAUGAAAUGUGUUUGGCACUAUACUGCAUAAAAUAUUUAAAUGAUCAGUGUGCUGUAUGAUUUCUGCAGCUAAAUAUACUUAUAAAUGAUGAUUGAACAAUUUUGUAACCUUUUUGUUUGCUACCAAGAUCAGUUUUGAACAUGCAUAAUCAAGGAUAAUUUCUAUGAUCUUUUGAACUAUACAGAUAUACACUUAACAAUUGGUCAGUGAACAUGGUGAAAGUUAUAAUCAAUAACUUGAUGUCAAAUUCAUUUCAUAUGAAAAAAUGAUAAUCUACAUGGGCAUUGUAAUUCCUUUCUUUUAAAGUCAGUCUUUUUCAUAAUCUUCUUGAAUUACAUAAAAGGGUAAGUAAAACAUAUGCAUAAUAGGUAUGUAUACAUAAAAAGGCAAUCAUAUCAGUUUCUAGUCUAAUUAAAAUGAGUUAGUAUUGAAGAUUUAUCUGUUAUGCAGAGCAUUGGCAUCAGAUCUUUCUAUAUGUUUAAUUUCAUGAUGACGUGUUACAUGUAUUGUGGUUAAUAGUAACUAUAUAUAGUAAUUUGUGCAAUAUAUAAUUGCAAAAUUUUGAUUUAGUGCCAACUGUGCCAUGCUUGAUAUUAGAUUUUUUUCUUUAUUCUUAUUGAAUGAUAUUUAAAACAGUCUUAUCUGCCAAAAAAGAUUCAUUUUAUCUAACAAGACAGUAUAUAUUCAACACUCAAGUUGAACUUCAAAGCUAUUCUUGAUAAUAUGAUAUUAAGUACAUCUAAUCACAUUAAUACACUUGUAUAAAAAAAAAAAA